AUGCCAAUAGCAAACAACAAUCACAAUUCUUCACCACCUAAAACAGAUUCUUCACAACAUCGUCUAUUAAUCAAGGGUGGUCGAGUAGUUAAUGAUGAUGGGACAAUGCUUGCUGAUAUUUUUAUCGAAGAAGGUAUUAUCAAACAAGUCGGUCUUAAUCUAACUGUACCUACUGGAACAAAAACAAUCGAUGCUACAGGCAAAUUUGUUAUGCCAGGUGGCAUUGAUACACAAACUCAUCUAGAAUUGCAAUUUAUGGGUACAAGAACAAUUGAUGAUUUUUAUACGGAGAAAGAAAAGAAAAAACAUAGUAGUCAAAUCUUUUAA